AUGUGGUCGAGUACAUCAUCUGGUUCAGCAUCAGCAUACUCGAUCGCAUUGUCCUCCUGUUUCUCUGUCAACGGUGGUGUGGCGUUUUCCCUUCGAUGUGGAGGUGACUCGGGUCUGAUUGGAGGAGGUCUACUGCAACAGUUCUCUCAUGGUUGGGACGUCGUGAGUGGCUCAGUUCCUCCGGCUCAACCAGGGCGGUUGUGGAUUUCGGGUGUACGGGGUUUGGAUUUGAGCCACCAUCCUUUAGAUCCGCCACAAUUUAGCAGCCAUCGAGCCGGAUUGAUUCGUCAAAGCUCUGGGAUCUUGGUUUGUUUUUCCGGUCUGGAAGAGAGGGGUUUCCGUCUAGUGAGUCGGAUUGCUUCUUUAGGAUCUGUUUCCGUCGAUGUGCUUAGUCGGAGUGACUAGCUUUCCGUGAGACUUGUGGUGGGUUGGUUCGUCAGAGGUAUGUAAUUGAUGGCGGAAACCGGUCUCUUUCGCCGAUAUUUCACGGUCUUCGGUUGUAGCCACAAAACUGUGGGUCUUGAGCCCGCCGGAUGUCAGGCUCCGGUUGCUCUGCGGGCAUCUAUCAACAAACGGCGAGCUUCUUUUUCUUCCGGUGAAACGCCGAUUUGCUAUUUUGUAACUGGUCUUGGCUUUUGUUGUUGUUCGGCUCAGGCCCAUUUGGGAGAAUUUUAUAAUAAAGAUGUCUAUUUAAAAAAAAAAAAAAAAA